ACCCUGACUAUAUUAAUGCAAAAUCAACUCGAACCCCCAUUCCCCCGGGGUUCCUUGAUUCUUCAAUCAAAAAUCUGUCUUCACUCUUCCCCAUUGUGCAAAGCAAUACCACAGUAUCGCCGUCGUACUACCACCAUGUCCACCGCACCUGCGCAUACACUGAACCUUUGCGGCGUUCUAUCGGAGGCAAAGAGAAUCGUUAAUGCACACUCCCGUCACUUUCUCGCCUUAUCCGUCAUCUUCCUCCUCCCCCUCUCUUUCUCACUCAUCAUUUUCCCUACUCUCCAGCUCUCCCUCACUCGAUCCUACGUCGUUUCUACAAAGUUUUUCGUAGUCGAUCCGCCGGAUCUUCGUCAAAACCUGACAAUUCAUCUCCUCUAUUCAGUUUUUGUUUACAUCUUCUUCCUCGGUGCCAUAGCCACAAUCACCUACAGCACCUACCAUGGCUUCUAUGGAAGACCAGUCAAGUUUUUCCCCGCCAUGAAAUCCCUAAUCUUCUCCUUCUUCCCACUCGUUUCGACCACAAUCGCAGCUCAGCUUAUCCUAUCUCUAGUCUCGCUAACGUUCCUCCUGCUCUUUUUGGUAAUCAUCAAGAUGGGGGAAAACCUAGGGUUUGUAAUCGAUUACGACUCGAAUUACUUUAUGACGUCAUUCGUCCUGAUGGGUGCAGCGCUAGCUUUUUCCCUAAUCUAUUUCCAAGUGAACUGGUCACUAGCUUGUGUGGUGGUUGUGGCGGAAUCAAAAUGGGGGUUUGAACCACUGUGGCGGAGUUCUUACUUAGUGAAAGGGAUGAGAUCCGUUUCGUUAUCUCUGCUGUUGUUGUUUGGGAUUCUGAUUGGGUUUUGGGUGUGGAUGAAUUCGAAUGAUGUGAUGCAUUUCGAUGCUGUUGAUGGAUGGAAGAGCUGGCCUUUUGGAUUGCAGGUGGUUAUUGGUACUAGUCUCUUGACUGUGUUACUGCUUCAGAAUACAGCAGCCAAUACUGUGUUGUAUAUGUACUGUAAGGCUUUACAUGGUGAAUUGGCCAUUGAAAUUGUUGAAGAGUUUGCUCGUGAGUAUGUCAGCUUGCCUUUUGAUGAUGGGAAAAUCCCUCAUGUUGUUAGUGUUGUCCCAGCUUGAUGAAUGAUGAUCGAGCAUUGAUUUUGAAGAACGUAGGAAAAUGAAGCAAAAGCACAAUGAAAAUGAAGAUUGAAGCACCAUGUUCGCCAACUUAAAUUUGAUUUAUCAUCCAUCUCCUGCGACCACCACCACACUCAGUUGACACCGUCAUCAACUCUACAUAUAAAGUCGAAUAUAGUUCAUUAUUUAUUUAUUUUUUUUCAAUUUAAGAAAAUUAAAAAUAAGAAAUAUAUCCAUGCUGUAUCAA